AUGGCUCAGUACGCUAAGAACCAAGCCGCUGGCUUCGUGAACCGCAUCAGCAAGGUCGCCAUCAUUGGUGCCGGCGGUAAUGUCGGCAAGCACAUGACAGAAGCCCUCCUCCAGACCGGGAAGCACACCGUCACUGCCCUCACCCGCAUCGGCAGCAAGAGCACUCUACCGGAAGGCGUCAUCAAGGCCCCCGUCGACUACUCCAACGAAGAGUCCCUCGUCAACGCCCUCAAGGGGCAACAGUUCCUCAUUGUAUCCUUGUCCGUGUUGGCCGGCGCCGCCGCCGAGGCAAUUGUCAUGUCCGCCGCAGGCAAGGCUGGCGUUCCUUGGGUAAUGCCUACUUGCUACGGCACCGACAUUGAGAACAAGAAGCUCAUGGACGAGAACAUGACAGGCCGCGGUGUAUUCGCCAACAUUGCGGCCGCGGAGCAGAACGGCCUGUCGUGGACGACGAUGAACUGCUCCUUCUGGUACGAGUUUUCGCUCGCGAGCCACAACUGCUACGGCAUCGACAUUGUGAACAAAUCGGCCACCCUGUUUGGCGAGGGUGACAUGCCCAUCUGCACGUCGACGUGGCUGCAGUGCGGACGCGCGGCGGCGGCGUUUCUGAGCCUCAAGGUGCUGCCCGAGGACGAGCACGACAAGGAUGUCACCAUGUCGCAGUGGCGCAACAAGCCGCUCUUCCUCAAGAGCUUCGUGGCCUCGCAGCGCGACAUGCUAGACAGCGUGCACAAAGUGCUGGGUACGACGGACGCAGACUGGACGAUUGAAAAGGUCAACGCGCAGGAGCGUUACGAUGCGGGCAAGAAGUUGCUCGGCGGUCCGGAGGGCCACAAGGGGUUUGCACACUGCCUGUACACGAGGACGUUUUUCAAGAAUGGUGGUGGUGAUUUCCAGGACAAGGUAGUGAACAAGGAGCUAGGUCUGCCAGAGGAGGACAUGGAGGAGGCGACCAAGAGGGCGGCAGACAUGGCGUUCAAUGCGGGCGAGUAUGAAUAUUCCAAGGGCGCCCACUAG